CUAAGAGGCAUCCAUUUGUAAUAAAGGUCACAUUAAAACUGAGUUAAAACCUGUUAACCAAGCCUUCAAUGUGUAGACCAUUCAUUAUAGUUCAUAUUUGAAUAAUGUGUCAUUUCAUCAAAUGAUCAAAAGAUUGCUCUUAAAGCUGUCAGAAGAUGUUGCGCAGAAGGACAAACGGACGAGAAGAUGCGGACAGUGUCAAACCUGAUAGAAAGAAGACAUCAGAGGACUCUGGUGUUACUGGUGUGCCUGUCUCACAGAGGAGCUGCUGGGCUGUUGUGUCCUUCUGGAUGAAGGUUUUGCUCUUCAUCAUCUUCACUCCAGCUUUUCUGAACUAUGCCUCCCUGCAGAGAGAGGGACAGGUGCUGUCAGCCGCAGGUGCUCAGCUGAUUGAUAUCGGCCUCGGCCAAAAGAUCCAUCUGUUGUGCAAAGGACACGGGUGGCCUGUUGUUGUUCUUGAUGCUCCAGCAGGGAUGUCUUCAGAUGUUUGGUACUAUGUGCAGGAGGGUCUCUCAUUAUCAACAAAGGUGUGCACCUAUGACAGAGUCGGUCUGGGUUUCAGCCGGAGAACCUUGCAGAAUGAAACUACAGGCACAGAGAAAGUCUGGGGAAUAUCAACCACUGGAAGGAUGGUGGAUGACCUUCAUCGAUUGGUCAAGGCUGCAGAUAUAGCCACACCCUUCAUCCUGAUUGGCUCUGAGUUGGGCACGCUCAAUGGCAGGUUCUACAGCCACAUCCAUGACACGCAAGUGUCUGACCUGGUGUUGAUCGAUCCGAUCCCAGAGGAUGUCUUUGAAGAGGAGAAGUGGCAGCAGUACUGGUACUCUCACCUCGUCCCGUCCCUGCAGAUGAUGCAGUUCUCUGCAGCCGCAGGUUUGAGUCGUCUGCUCAUUAUUGUGGGGGUGUUGAAGCCGGCCCUUCAGGGAGGAGACGUCCCAGAGGAACUCAUACAGCAACAGAAAUAUCUGCUGUGUAACCCUGCCCAUCAGAGUGCUGCAGUAGACGAGCAUUUCUUUCUCAACGAGAGCGCAUCUCAAGUCAGAGAGAUCUCCAGAUAUAAGCCUCUCUCUAGCAAGACAUCUGUGCAUGUGAUCACUGGGGAAUCCUUUGAUGAUCAGCUUCCUUCAGAUCUCAACCAAGUGGCUGCUGAACUUCAGAGCAAGUUUUUGGAGCGCUCUUAUCCCGGUGCCAAUCACAUCCAGAUUCGUGGGGCGGAUCGUCACAUGAUCUACAAAAAUCCAUCCUCGCUUAUCAAACAUUUGCAUAAGCUUGUGUCACAAAGGCAGUCCAACCAACAGAGGCAGUGAGAUGCUUCAGAAAAUGCAGUCUCUCUAAUAACAACAGAUCAAUAACAGCUCCUUCCCCUGCAGCUGUCACAAACUCUCUUCAGUGAUGCAAGAGGCCAAAUAACAGCUUCAUAUUUCUGCUUACAAAGGAAACUGAAAUCUCUGUAGUUUGUUUGUUGAUGGAUUGUACAUUUUGGUGAACUGCUGAAGACAUAAUUUAACUGUACUUAUUUUUUGUCAAAAUGCCUUUUUUUUUUAUGCGAUUAAAGUUAAGUAAAUGAAACCUGUCAUGAACUCAUAUUUCAGAUUUCCUACAAACAAUAGUUUAUUUAGAGGUAAAAAAUGCAGUGUUCAGUGCAAAGAAUUUUUUUUUGCGAUUCACAUUGUCAUCAGUGACAUAACAGACAAUAGUUCACCUGAUUCUAUUCUAACUAUUUAUUAGCCUCUAAAUAAAGCAUCUACUGUACCA